AGUAACAGGAAAUGUCUCACAAUGCCGAAGAGAAUGUUCCCAAGGCGCUGACCCAGAGAAACCUGUCCGAGGAGACUCACCUACAGCUCAAGAAAUAUGACAAAAGUAGGGACGUCCAGGUGGUGCUGGGGGUCAGCAUCGCCGUCAUAGCAGCACUCGCUGCCAUCACAGGUGAGUUUCUGAACUAAGCUUUACUACGGCAGGACCUUUUCUUUAACACGAAAGCCUUCUUAGGAUUUUGUAAUAAAAUUUAGCUAGCGUUUACCAAAUCGUGGCUCGCGAGCCGCAUGCGGCUGGUUAACAACCUGAGUGCGGCCCGGCCAGAGGCUCGGCCAGUCGGCCACAAAUCCGGGUUUGACUCCGGAAAACAUGGUUCUUGACAGGUUCUUGACAGGUUCUUGAAAAGAACUUUGGCUCUCAAAAAUUUGGUAAUCGAUCGUCCUGCUGCUGAAAUUUGGCUCUUUUGAAUGAGUUUGUCGACCACUGGGUUAACGUAAUACGCAAUAAUAUACCGGUACCAUUGUUGCUUGGGUUGGACUUCAUAUUUUGUCUAUGGUGUACAUUUUAAGAAAAUUUAUUGAAAUAGAGUUGUUUUUUUUAAAAUACCCUUGUUACCUUAUUCCUUGUCAACGUGGUGCAAUGAAAUUGUUUUAAAAAAAAUAUUAUUUAGGCUUCGGAUCGUUACUGUUAAAAAAAAUAAUUUGCUAUGAAUCUCCAUUAUGUGAAGAAGUUAUGAUUUUUAUGCCCCAGAAAGUAUGUCCAAAGAGUAAUAAUUCAGUAGGAACUUCUACCUUCUUCCAGGCCGGAUUUAGAUCAACAAAAUAUUGCCAAGUUAAUUAAAAACAUCGAAUUGAAUCGACAAUGGAUUGGAAACGUAGGUGACUUCAUUUGCAGAAUUUAAAUGUUUUAAUAUCAGAGUUGCAGUCAUAAUAAUAUGGUCGAGUCGUUUGUCAACACUUUAAAAAAAAAAAAAAAAAACUAUACACGCUUCUAUAAUCAUACAACAAACACACGGAACAACUUCAUUUAAUAAUACAUUUCACAUCUUAAUUAUUUUUUUUUACAUUUCGUACAUUUAGAACAAGCUUCUUAAAUGUAAAACACAAUACGUUUGUCUGGAUAGUUGUUUUACUGACAUCAAAAUUGGACUAGGUAGAGUUGAAAAUGUCCAUUCUAAAGUUUCUUAUGUUCCUAUAAGUUUCUAUGAUUUCAUGCUUCUUAUGUUCCAAUAGACUCAAUGAUUUCAUUUUUCUUAUGUUCCUAUAAGUUUCUAUGAUUUCAUAUUUCUUAUGUUUCUAUAAGUCUCUAUGAUUUCAUGUUUCAAAUGUUCCUGAAAGUCUCUAUCAUUUCAUGUUUCCCAUGUUCCUAAAAGUUUAUAUGAUAUCCUGUUUCCCAUGUUCCUAAAAGUCUCAAUGAUAUCAUGUUUCCCAUGUUCCUAAAAGUUUCUAUGAUAUCAUGUUUCCCAUUAUCCUAAAAGUUUCAAUGAUAUCAUGUUUCCCAUGUUCCUAAACGUUUCUACGAUAUCAUGUUUCCCAUGUUCCUAUAAGUCACUAUAAUUUCAUGUUUCCCAUGUUCCUAAAAGUNCGCUGUGGGAUUUCUGGAGACCUUCCGAAAAGACGUGUCCUCAGUCUGGCUCACGUGUAUACCGGUGAGUCUAUUUAUAGAUGUGUUGUGAUCGGGGGUGUUAUAUUUCAUUGCGGGGCUAGCCCAAGGGUCAAAGUCUUUAGAUCAAGAGAUUUGAGAAUCGCUGAGAUUGGGGGCGGCCAAUGCGAAAACAAACCAGUGUAUAGGUAAACUGCAGGUUUCAGCCUACCAAUAACAUGUGCAUGUUUUCAACGACAGUGGGGGAGUGUGGGGGGCGGGGGGGGGGAGCUUUCAGCAAUGUAGUCAGCGAUGUUUUUAUGAUGAAACAUGAAUUAGUAUAGGUGUCUUGGGACUUUCGAGUACUCUCUAAGAUUGUUGUACUUGUAAAAAGUGAAGGCAUAGACCGUCAAAUGCAAAAAGGAAAUGGGAUUAAUUCGUCUGACCACGCAGCUUCAUCCUCGUGAAAGUUUCACAGACUCUGCCUUAUUUGAUAAAUUAAUUGUUGUACAGUAUCUAGACUCUGCUAGUAGACACUUUCUGUUUGGCUAUCCGUUUGUUCUUUGAAAGAACUCAUGACAGCGGCGUUUUCUGAUACGUACAAUAGCUACCGGUCAUUCAGUCGCGAAUGAGCAGAACCGACUUGAUUCUAUCCCCCCCCCUUUCCCGGUGGGUGGAGAAGUUACAAUGAGAUGAUCGACCUUUAAAAAAAAAAGUACCCAGCUCAAUAUUAUCUUUAAGUUAAAUAUUCUUUAAGAUGGAUUAUCUGCGUUGGGGCUUUUGGUUCCCAUAUAAUUAGGUCACAUGAUUUUAGAAAGUCAUAUCUCAUUUUGUCACGUGACCAUUUUUUAAAUUUUUAAACGAUAAUCUUCUUUUGUAUUUCAGUUCUGCUUCCCAGUCAUCACAGGGGUGGGCGUGGCUUACAGGAGACAGAUGUCGAGUGUAAGGAUCUAGAUAUAUCAAUAGAUGUUUUAUAUAUAUAUAUCAAAAAUAAGAAAACUAUAAUAGAAUGACACCUUAUUUUGAGAUGCCUUGUCGUGUCCGCUUUAUUAUGUGUAGCUUAUCGUGUGUUGAGCGUCAUGCUGUUUUGCUAGAUUCUUUAUGAAGGUUCUGCCAGCCAGAUUAUGUAAUGCAGUAUACAUUUAGGAGGUUCGGGUGGUGGACACUGUUACGCCCCCUAUUGUGUUCAAUGAAAGUGAACAAGCUCGUGGUCUUAGAGGAUUUGAAGACGGGUAGAUUUUAGACACACUAUUGGCUAAAAUAAAGACAAUCAGUGCUCUAUAUAAAUUUACUUUAAUACAUGGAAAUAUACUAUGAAGAAAGAUACAUGAAAUCUACGUAUAAAGAAAUGAAUACCGGUCUAGGUCUAACUAUCUAAAUCUCACAGUAAUAAUAAUAUACACAACACAAUAACAAGUCUGAGAUCCUGGAAUUAUUAUUUCUGCUAACUAUUGGAUGGUCCUAUCUAGUACUUAGCAAAAACAACGGAAAGCUAACCACGUAUCGAGAUGAUCCUCAUUUGGUCUCUCCGUUUGAAGUAGGUCAAUGUUUGCUUAUAAUGUGUUGGUUGUGCCAUUGUUCGGAUAAAGAUGACGCCCUUCCUGGCUGGUGGUAAUUUGAUCGUACACAAAGAGAUGGCCCUACCUUGUAACAACACCCACAUUCCAUAAUCAUCGCCCGUCUCUAACACCCUCACUUCUUGGGAUUAUGUCCGUCUUCCUUUUAGUGUUUGCUCUACUGUUGUUGUUUUUUAUAAAUGUUAGCCAAGUGUAUACCAUAUGCCCUGAGUAUUGCCGACCUUAGACUUAUUGGCGCCCGGUGCCCUGGUCGCUAACAUAUUAUAAAGACCGCGAACGAUGACCACGGUGCCCUUUUUUUUUUUUUUUUUUUUUCUGAUCACCACUUUUCAAACCCCACAGCCGGCAUUGAUUAAGAUCAUUCCUUCACUGAGUCAAUCAAUCCGGAGAAAUUGUAUCUUGUACAUCAUCUCAGACCCAAAAGCAAGUAUGAGCACAUAAACAAUCUCGUCAUCUUGGUCGCCGGCCACCCACUCCCACAUCACCCCCUCCAGCUCUCUAUGACUCCUAAAGAAAACAUGACGUUUCCCUAUUCAACAUUCAGGUUAUUCAGUGGUUCUAAACAUGUUCAGACCUAUGAAGCACCAGAGCUUGCCAAUAUAUUUAAUCUACGCACUACUUAGCAAUAUUAGAAACUUACGUAAAUAUUUUCCAUAGGUUAGUCCGUAGUAGGUCACGAUCAUGUCCUUGUAAUUCGGAAAGCCGACGUAUUUGACCCGUGCGUGAUUAAAGCCUGCCAUUUUCCUAGGCAUGCGAAGGUUGAUGAUCUGUCACUUUGACCAAGUAAAGUCCGCCUUUCGUGCGUCCUCGGCGACAUUUUUAGCCUUACAAAUAUUCUGGGCAGUCCCCAAAAAUAAUUUCAUUGGCGUCAUGCUGCACUUUUUUGAAAGACGGAAGUUGGACGUCGACUAGGGUCAUGUGACACACCACGCGUCUUAGUAACUAACCUCGAAGCUAGAUGUGUGUAAUUUAGCGAAUAUCUUCUAAAUUUAGAACUAAUAGCCUUUUAAUUGAUUCGCAAACAUUCUCACACUGGUGGAAAUGACAUCCUUCCUUAUUUACGCAUCGACAUCUCAACUUUAACUCAUUGUAUGUAAACCAUGGUCAACAAUGUUUCUUUGUUUUUUGUUUUUUUUUGUUUGUUUUUUUUUGAAAUAAAAAUACGCAUAAUGAAUUGAUGAAAAAAUUGCUGGCGGAUUGGACUCGUUAGCCAAAGAAAGGCCACUAUUGUUGGACAGAAUGCACAUUCAAAAGUCGGAGAGAAAUAAUCUACUGAAGUCAGGAGACAGCAGCCAACAUAUCCUAGCAAACUUAACUGAGUUCUUUUCUGUGUAGUUGCAGAUGAAAUCCAGAACGGUCACACGAUUCCUACCUCCAUGUCUUGCCGCCCCUACCCCCCCCCCGUUAGAUGUUAGAGACUUCCACAUUUCUCCAUCAUAAACUUUCCCCCCAUGAAAAUAAGCAGAUAGUUUGUGAAUAUAUUACAAGGAGAUAUCCUAUGGUGUAUUACAUUACCUUGCAGAUUGGUGUGCAUUUCGUCAUGCUCCUGGCCACCCUUGUCGCUGGCGGGAUAGGAUAUGGCUUCUCCAUUGAGCCGGUGUUCGUCAACAGAGCCAACUGCACGUACGUUUUCAAUACCUUAAUAACAAGUUCAUCAGAGCUUUAUACAAGUAAUUUUUCAUUAAAUCUUUUCUGAGCGGUUGUGGUUUUGGGGGUAUUACACUAUUACAAGCAGUACACGAUGAUGUAUAAAGACCAAUCAAAGGAUUACCAUUUUCUUUUCAUUGUGGUUUAGGGUGAUCAGCGUCACGCGUGGCGAGUGCCGCAGGGAGACACUGGUCCACCUGUAUGUGGUUGCCGGUGCCAUCUCUGCUGCGUUUGGAGUGUUCGGGCUUCUGCUGUCCAUGCUGGCUUGUAAAGUUGCUGUGGUAGGUUAAUUUUGACCGUUUUUUUUUUAUGGGUUGGUGUUAUUUUAUGUUGUUUUUGUUUGUUUUUGUUUUUUUGCUUGAAAUUUUACAAUCACCUCAGAAGUUUUCGCCAAAAGUAUAGUCGGUGUAAAGCCCAUAAGGGCAUUGGGGACAGCCUAAUGCUGUUUACGUAAAAUGGUCUGUGAAAAGCAGACAAUGUAGAAUGAUAAUACAGAAAGGCACUUUCAACUUGGGUCCAGGGCUUCUGACCAUGUUACACUGUUUUUAUAUCAUUAAAAAAAUAUUUGCCCACUUUACAAGGUUAAUAGCGAAAUAAAUACUUUCUGAUUGUUCCUAGCUGUUUCAGAGACAAUGAUUUUUAUAUAUAUAUUUUUUUUUUACUAUGAAAAUAUUUUGAGUGUUCCCCUUAAAUCAACCCUGAAAUAUGUAGGCCUAUAUAUUUAUUUAUUAUUUUUUUUAUCAUAAAGAAACGAAGAAAGGUGAAGAUGGAGAACAUGAAGAUUGAGGAAGAAAAGAUUCAAAAGAGGGAACUAGAGUUAAAAAGUGCCCGUCUGCAGCCAAAAUCUAACGCCAUCAUUAAAUCCGCCACAAAGACGUCCAUCUUUGCUGAAAACGGUGAGGCGGGAAAGUCCGGUCUUGUCAAUGGCGGCGCAUCCACUCAAAGCACUGCCCUUCCAGCCAAUGGGAGCGAUGUUGCUACAACCAAUGAAAUGGCGUCUUGUGACAAGAUAUUUGUCAUUAACUACAAUACCAAAUUGUAGCAGUGGCUUUAAUGCUUUUUUUUUUUUUUUAAAUCUUUUAACAGCUUUAUUUUAUUUUUACUUUUCUUACCCUAUUUUGUAAAUGUCAAUAUUGUAUAUAAGUGUAUUGUAGGAUGCAAUGAGACGUGUAUUUUAAAAUGUAAAGAGACACCAUGAAAUUAAAAUCUUUCAUUUAAGAUUUGUAAAAUAAUGAAAUAUCGGAAUUGUGUUUCCACACAUUUUAAUGUUAAGGAUGAUGUAAAUAUGUUAAACACAUUGCUAAACACAUGGAUGCAAUUUUAAAACAUGGUUUGGAAAUAGGUUAUGGAGGUAGGAAAUGAUGAAAAAUAUAUUUUUUAAAAUUUACUAAUAGAUUUUAGAUUUUUUUAAAUAGAAUUGUAUUUUAUUUUAUUAUACAUUCUUUGACUAAUGCUUCCAGUACAUAUUUAUUUUUUUUAAUUUAGAAAAAUCAAUCCCUACAGUUCUUAACAUUUUAAUUUUUAAAAAAUAGAUCUUGAUCUUAAGAAUUGUGUGCAUUUUAGCCAAAUGGCUGCUUCUAUUUAUUCUCUGUAACUGUAAUGGCUGCAUUUAUUGGCAAAUGUCCCCACCUAAUGCCUCUCAAAUCAAUUAUUCUUUCUUGGUAAUUCUGAGAGAUACUGCAUUUAUUAUUAAUUCUUUUUUUUUUUUUUUUAAAUGAAAUAUCAAGUUAUUGAUGUACCAGGAAUAAAAUACUUUCAUU